AUGGCGCCGUUCCCGUCGGGGCUGUUGGUGCUAACGGCCCCGCUGGGCGCGUUACCGCGGCGGGCGGCGGCGGCGCUGGCGGAGGCGGCGGGGGUGGUGACGGGGCCGCUCUACGUGCACCUGCAGCCGGGGCUGCGCCUGGACGGCCCCGCGCCGCGCCCCGCCGCCCCCCCGCCCGCCGCCGCUCUGCUCCGCGCUUUGGCCGCGCUCUACGCGGCGGCGGCGGCGCACCGGGGGUUGGACGUGCGGGUUUUGCUGGGCCACGGACACCGCCUAGCGCGGCCGCCCCGCGUGCUGCUGGCCGACGGUGGAGCGGGCGACGCGGAGCCGGUGCGGGUGGCGCUGCGGGAGUUGGCCGCCGCCGCCUACGGCUGCCCGCCCGGGCUGCCCGCGCUGCUGCUGAGCGGCUCCGACGGCCCCGAGGCGCUGCCCAACGGCUCCGGCGCGGAGCUGCCCGCGUAUCCCGACGUGGCGGUCGGCGGCACCUUCGAUCGGCUGCACGGCGCCCACCGGCUGCUGCUCAGCGCCUGCUGCCUGCUGGCACGGCGGCGGCUGCUGGUCGGGGUGGCCGACGGGGAACUGCUGCGCCACAAGGUCCUGCGGGAGCUGAUCGAGCCCUACGAACUGCGGGCGGCCAAACUGCGUGAGUUCCUGGCAGAUGUGAAGCCCUCAGUGCUGUAUGACAUUGUGCCUCUGGGCGACCCCUACGGCCCUGCAGUCACGGACCCGGAGCUGCGCUGCAUCAUUGUCAGCGAGGAGACGCGCAGGGGCGGGGAGGCCGUGAACAAGAAGAGGAUCGAGAAUGGCCUCGCUGCGUUGGAACUCUUCGAGAUCGAGCUGAUGGAGGACCCUUACCACGGCCACAAUGAGGAGGAGAAGAUCAGCUCCUCUAGCCUGCGACAGCGGCUGCUCGGCACGUUGCUUCGGCCCCCACGGGACAGCCCCACGCUCCCCCCCCGCCCCUACAUCAUCGGUCUGACCGGGGGCAGCGGGAGCGGAAAGACCUCCAUCGCCCAACGCCUGGGGCAGAUGGGAGCAUUCCUCAUCGAUGCCGAUGCGCUGGGCCACGCCGCAUACCUGCCUGGCAGCCAGGCCCAUGGGCAGGUGGUGGCUGCAUUUGGGGCAGAGAUCUUGAACAAAGAUGGAACAAUUAACAGGAAGGCCCUCGGGGCAAAAGUAUUUGGAAACCAGGAGCGGCUGAAGAGCCUCACAGGCAUCGUGUGGCCGGAGAUCGCGCGGAUGGUCAGGGAGCGGAUCGGAGAGGCGAGAGCUCAAGGAAAGGCUGUGGUCGUGCUGGAUGCCGCCGUGCUGCUGGAGGCCGACUGGCAGGAGAUGGUGCACGAGGUGUGGGUGGCCAUCAUCCCUGAGGAGGAGGCCGUGAAGCGCAUCGUUAGGAGGGACGGGCUGAGCGAGGAGGCUGCCCGCAGCCGGCUGCGGAGUCAGAUGAGCGACAGCCAGAGGGUGCAGCAGGCGCAGGUGGUGCUGUGCACGCUCUGGGAGCCGGAGGUCACCCGCAGGCAGGUGGAGAAGGCGUGGGAGCUCCUGCAGCAGCGCCUGAGCCGCGCGCCCGCGGAGCCGCCCGCCAACUGAGCGCCGCCGGGAUGGGGGAAGAGCGGCGGCCGCGUCCUGGCACCGGGCGUAAGUCCGGUGAGUCCCAACCCCACGGGGCUGGGAGCGCUGCCCGCUGCGCCGGAACGGACCGGAAACGCCGCUGCUCCGAGAGCUGAGCCCGACCCGCCGAGCGGCGCGCACGG